AUGGCAACCCAAGAUCCACCUCCAUAUCAGCAAGAGCCAGGCUCGGGCAAGCGCUCGAGAGACAAUGGUCUCGGCCCGGCACCCGAUACUCCUGCAACGAAGCGCCCCCGACGACCUCCAGAUUCGCCUUUGCUAGAUCGUUCUACUCCCGCAUCACAGUUCAGCUCCACGUCUACGGUUCCAUUCAAUCUUUUCCAAGAUACUGUCGCUUUGGAGGUGAAGAGAGUUCUCCCAGCCGUGUUGGCCGAGGUUUUUGGUGGUAUGCGUACAGGCCACUCACCAGGGCCACACUCGUCACCAACACCACCCUACACUCAAAUCCCAACCACACCCACACGCUGCGACCAGACCCAGAACUGCCAUUUGACGCCCAUCGCAGAGAUAAAGAGAACAAUCACCAGUGCUUUUGCCCAAACCCUCGCCCAAGAUAUCGACCGAGUUCUUGACAUUGAUAUAGAGGAAGCAGUUGCUAACGAGAGGUCUGAUUUAGCCAUGGUCAGCGAAGACGAAAAGUUCAGUUUCAAUGAAUACUGCAGCCAGCAAGCAGAUGAGUUCGAACGGAUUGUAGCAAAACGAAAAGAGGAAUUCGAAGCAGAGAUUCGCAACGCGUUCCUUACAGCUUCGGAGAAUCUGGAUACAGCCAAACAAUUCGCCCGUGCAAACGACAGACAGAAGGCGCUUAACACAGGUCGCAGGGCGAUGUCUCUGCCUCUUAUGAAAGAAAGCGAGGAAGGAGUUGCGAAUCAGUAA